AUGAUAUCUGAAAUACUGGACCAAGACUUGAUGUUCACCAAGGACGCGAGAGAAAUAAUCAUUAAUUCCGGGAUAGAGUUUAUUAUGAUUCUGUCCUCGAUGGCUUCCGAAAUGGCGGAUAACGAGGCCAAGAAAACAAUAGCGCCCGAGCACGUGAUCAAGGCCCUGGAAGAACUGGAAUAUGAUGAGUUUAUACCGUUUUUAGAGGAGAUUCUGCUGAACUUCAAGGGCUCCCAAAAGGUUAAAGAGACUAGGGACUCGAAAUUCAAGAAGUCGGGUCUUUCGGAAGAGGAGUUGCUACGACAACAAGAGGAGUUGUUUAGACAAUCGAGGUCGAGACUACAUCAGAAUAGCGUGUCGGAUCCGGUCAAAUCGGAGGAUUCUUCAUGA